AUGGAAGGUAAAAAAGUUUCUACAUUUUUAAAGAGUAGAAAAUCGACAGGUGGUAGUAGUAUGAAUUUAACAGGAUCAAGUAAUAGUCAAACAUUACCAACCUCAAUGUCAUCAUCAUCACCAAACUCAUCAAUAUUAUCACAAUCGAUAUCAUCAGCAUCAUCAUCAACAUCAUCAAUAUCCAAUGGUGGUGGUGGUAGUAGUGGUAAUGUUUCAGUAUCAAAUUCAACCAGUGACUUGGCACAAUAUAAUGAAAACUACCAAAAGAGAAAUACAAGACAAAUCCCAUCGAUUCUAUUAGAGGAUGAAAUUGAAAAAGAAGAAGAUUAUCCAUUCGAUUUCGAAAGAUAUUACUAUGAAUCUAAAGAAAUCAAUAGAGAAGUCUCUAGAGAAUUAGUUGUAAUCCCUGAUGAUGCAACACAAAAUCAAAUUGAAAAUUUACCAAAAGAAAAUAGAAUUAAAUCUAAUCCAUUUGAUUAUAAAGAAAAUAAGAAUCAACAUAUUGAUGAUUGUAUUAAAUUUUAUUCAAAUAAUACAUGGAAAUCAUUGAAAACAUUUAAUUAUUAUAAAAACGAAACACCAGGUGCAAUAGUACAUCAAUUGACAGAGGAAAGAAUUGAGUUUAAGACGGAACCAAUUGUAAAUAUUAAUAAUUUAAAUAGUAAUGUUAAUAUUAGUAUAUCACAAGCUCAAAAGAUAGCAUCGGAAGCAGCAUUAGAAGCCAAAUUAGCACCACAACAACAAACACCACAACAACAACAAAUGGCAGCAUUACAAUUUCAACAACAACAAAAUCUUAAAGAAGUUAAUUAUUUAUCACAACAACAUCAAUUUCAAAUUCAAAAUACACUUAAAACUGAUAAACCUGAUAAAUUACAUUUACAUUAUUUAGAAAGACAAUUUAGAAAGGAGAAAGUUUUAAUUAACAGUAAUAAUAAUAAUAAUAAUAAUAAUAAUAAUGAAAAUAAUAAUGGUGAAAAUAAUAAUAAUAGUAAUAACAAUAAUAAUAAUAAUAAUGGUGAAAAUAAUAAUACAGAAUUUGGAUUAUAUUCAUAUUUUACAUUAUCAGAACCAACUGUACAAUAUCAAGAACCAACACCAUAUCAAAAAGAAAAGAAAAGAAUUAUUCAAGUUACAUUCAAAGAUUUAUCAUUUAAAUUUUGGGAUGGUGAUGAUGAACCUGAACCAUUCUAUUGUUCAAUGUAUUUAUAUGAUAUUCAAAAGAAAGCAAGAUUAUCAGAGACAUUCUAUUUCGAUUUCAUCAAUGAUAAAUCCUUUAAAAUGACCACUAGUCAUAUAACAACUUCAUCGGGUGCCUCAUCAAAAGAUGUGGUUGUCGAUGAUGUAACAUUGGCAAAAUCUGCAAUAUUUAAUGUUACCGCCCGAUCUUCAUCAGAGUUGGAGAAUAUUUAUUUGAUACUUAAGGUUGAAAAAGUUUUAACCGGUGAUUUAGAGGAUCAUUCUGAACCAUACAUUAAAAUGAACUUGAAAGAAAAGGAAAAGGAUAAAUUCAAAGAAUCAAUUAAAUCAUCUUGCACAAGAUUGGGUGCAUUUAGACAAGCUUUCUGUUGGGGUUGUGUACCAGUUUUUGAAGAGGGUGUAGGUGAAGAUACCCCAAUUCGUCCACUCUAUCGUCAUCGUUCAGAAAUGACUGAUUCUUCAAUGUUGGAUUCAACUUUAUCAGAAGGUUCAAAAAGUGCUUCUGCAAAGAAAUUAAAAAUUAUUCCUGGUCAGUGUUUAGUUGAUAUUAAAGAAAUUUUACCAAAUGAUCAACAAUCACCUUAUUUAAAUAAUAAAAAAUUUAUUUUAAAUAGUUCUUUAAUUAAAAUUGAUUUACCACAAUUAGAUCAACAACAACAACAAUCAACAACAACAACAACUCAAAAUAGUACUGAACAAAAUAAUAAUAAUAUUAAUCAACCUGGUAAAAUACCAUCAAAUAUUGGUAUUGAAAAUAUUAUUAAAGAAUGUCAUGAAUUUUCAUCAAAUCAAAGAUUUGAAAUUAAUACAGAAUUUGUAAAUAAUCUUUAUUUAUAUCCAGAGACAUUGAAUUUAUCAAAUCGUAGUGGAUCAUUUGCAGCUAGAAAUCUUACAUGUAAAAUACAAUUAUUAGAGACUGAUGAGAAUCCAUUAUGUCCAGAAGGUUUGAAAGCAAUCUAUGGUAAGAGUAAAACUCAAUCAUUCAAUUCCAAAGCGUAUACACAAGUUACCUAUCAUUCAAAAACACCAGUUUUCAAUGAUGAAAUUAAGAUUAGAUUACCAUUAUCACCAUCACCAUCUUUACAUAUUCUAUUCACAUUCUAUCAUAUCGCUUGUCAAAAGAGUAGUGGUGGUGGUGAUUUAGUCGAUCAACCAGUGGCUUAUGGUGUUUUACCAAUCAUUCAAUAUGGAAAGAUGAUUGGUGAAGAAGUUUUCAAUUUACCAUUGGCUUAUGAAUUCCCAUCACGUUAUACUAGACGUGAUCAAGAGGCAACAAUCAAAUAUAUUGAUAAUAAGAAACCAAUCUUUCAAGUACGUUCAAAAUUAGUAUCAUCCAUUCAUUCAACUGAUGAUUAUUUAAAUAGUUUCUUUAAUAAUAUUUCACAGUUUUCAUUUAUAAAUAAUUGUUUAGCUUCACCAAGUUUAUCACCAACUCCAACUUCAACACCAUCAGUAACUUCACCUUCAAUUUUAACUUCACCAACAAUUUCAUCUCAAAAUUUAUCAAAUAGUAAUAAUAAUAAUAAUAAUAAUUCAACAACUACAACAACAACAACAACAACAACAACAACGAAUAUAUCACCAUCAAAUUCAACAAUGGAACAAUUAAUUAAAUCAAUUAAAUUGUUACCAUCAAGUAAAUUAGAAUGUAUAAUUCAAUUUUUCCCAAUUUUAAUGAAUCAAUUAUUUAGAUUAAUGACAAAUCAACAACAUUCAUCAGAGUUAUCAAUGGUAACAUUUAUAACUAUUGGUGAAAUAUUAUCAAUGGUUAAUGAUGUUGGUAGUACUAUAUCGGAUCGUUAUGUUAAAUAUGUUUUCUCAAAUGUAAACAAUCAAGCAGGUAGUAAUAUUGAAUUUUUACCAACAUAUGAGGUUUUAAUUAAAACAUGGUUAGAAUUGGUUAGAUUCCAAGAACAAAACUCUGAAAAUAUUCUUAGAUUCUCUAGAUUCUUCUUUCAAGUAAUUCAUAAAUCAAUGGCAUUAUCAUUGAUUGAACGUAAUAAGAGAGAAGAGAAUAAAACUCGUAAGGGUAGAUUCGUUGGUGUUAGACCACAAUUGGCGAAAUUGAUUUCAAUUCUAAGAUGGGAAUCAUCAACACGUGCAAAACAUACCUUUAAAUUGGCUAAAGAAUUAAUUAGAAGUUUAGCAGGUUUCAUAUCUUGUUUGGUUUCAAUAGCUGAUCGGGGUUAUGUAUUUAAAAUCAUUGAUCGUGCAGUCAACGAUUUCACUCAUAACAAUCAAAUCGGUGGUGAGAAUGAAAUGGAAAUCUAUGAAUUGAAAUUCGAAUUCCUUAGAAUCAUUUGCCAAAAUGAUUAUUUCGUUCAAUUGAAUAUACCAUUACCAUUUAGAAUCGAUUCAACCUCAAAGUUGACAAAUAUUUUAACCUCUUCAAAACAUUUCCUUUCAGAUUUACUUUUAAAUAAUAUUAGCGCUGGUAUUGGUUCAAAAAUACCUUUAAUUCGUAUGGAUGCUGCAAAUUCAUUAAGAGAUACCCUAACAAGAUUAGAAAUGGAUACAAGAUGGUUCGAUCAAUCAAAUAAACAAAGAAUCGUUGGUGUUUUCACACCUUAUUUAACCAUUGUAGUAAAUAAUUGGGAUAAUAUUAAAGAUGAUUCUUUUAUUAUGAAAAGAAAUAUUUUAGUUUCAUUCAUUUAUCUUUUGAAAACUAUUCAUAUCAAUCUAAUAAAGAUUUGGUGGCGUGAAGAACCAAAAGCAAAAUAUGUAACAUUAUUUGAUAUUUUAAAUCAAUGUUUAGAGAUUUUCGAAUUUGUUGGUAAAGAAAUUUUAAUGGAUAAAGUUGAAUCUUCAACAUCUUUACGUACUUCAACUGCUAAAUCAAUUUUAGAAGAUUUUUAUUCAAAUUCUAGAAAUUCACCAUAUGGUAGUAAAAAAUUAUAUAAUAGAUCAUUACGUGAAAAAAGAGUUGAUUCAAGAAAGAGUGUUUUAGAAAAUAAUUAUUCUAAUAAUAAUAAUGUUGGUAGUAGUAAUAAUAAUAAUAAUAAUGUUAGUGGUAGUCCAUCAUCUUCAACUAUUUUAAUUAAUAGUACAAGUAAUUCAAAUUUAUUAUCAACAUCAUUUGUAACAAGUAGUGGUGGUGGUAGUGGUUCAGGUUAUUCAUCAAAAAGUAGUGGUUCAAGUGGUAGUAGUGGUGGUAGUUUAAUUGAAUCAACAUCAACAUCAUCAUUAAAUGGAUCAGGAUCAGGAUAUCAAAAUCAAAAUAAUAAUUCAAAUUAUUCACCAAGUACAACAAGAGAUGUUUCAUCAGGUAGUGGUACACUUAGAAAUGAAAAAAGAAUGAAAAGUACAUUAGCACAAAAUAAAAUUAAUAUUUCAGAUUAUGAUGAUAGAUUAGAGAGUCAUUUAGCAUUGGAAGUUGGAUCUGUAGUUUUAGAUGUUGUUGAUGAAUUUAUGUGUGAAUACGAUAGAGAUCUUAAAACAACACAUUAUUUCGAUGUAAUUGAAAAGAUAUUCAAUCUUUUACAUUCAAUGUUAAAAAAGAAUCAACCAGUUCAAUUGGUACCAAAACUUUAUGCAACAUUACGUCAAUUCAUUUAUAGAUUCCCAAAGAUAUUAUUUGAAAAUAAUAAUUCAUUCUGUUUGGAUCUUUGUAAUGCAGUAAUUCGUCAUUGUAAUUCAGUGAAUCAAACCACACGUGAAGAGGCAUCAGCAUUCACCUAUAUUCUAUUUAGAAAGAAUUUCGAACAAACUAAAAAGAAUUUCGUACGUACAAAAACUCAAGUUACAAUUGGUUUAUCAACAAUAGUAAAAAGUAUCAAUGAUGAUUAUUUCUUAAAGAAAUCAUUGGAUACAAUUAAUUCCUAUGCCUAUGCUCAAGCUGAUAAAGCUGGUACUAAAUCAUUCUCAAAACAAAUUGAAGAUCUAACCAAACGUUUACAUACAUUUGUAAUUGAUAAUAUAAAGAUUAAUAAUCAUCGUGAUGAUCCUGAAAUGGUGGCCGAUUUAUAUCAUCGUAUCGCUGAUAAUAAUAAAAGUAAUGCUGAUACUCGUAUUUGUUGGUUACAAGGUUUAGCAGAUUUCCAUCGUACUCAAGAGAAUUAUGUAGAGGCAGCUCAAUGUUAUUUACAUAUGUCUUCAUUGGUAGCUGAAUAUCUAUCAUUGAUUGGUAAACCAAUUCCAACUAUUAAUGGUUCAAAUAAUUUCAUGGCAAUUAAUAAAAACUCUUUAGAGGAAUCUCAUACAUUCAUUGAACGUGAAGAAGAUGGAGCCGAUGAUAAUCAAUCGUUUACAUUGGAUUUCUUUUUGAAAUUGGUUCAAGAAGCUAUUUUACUCUUAAAAGAGAGUGAAUAUUUUGAAAUUGCAAAUUUGGUCUAUAAAUUGUUAUUACCAGUUCAUGAAGAACAUUUAAAUUAUCAAGAGUUGGCACGUUGUCAUGGUGAUUUACAAGAUAUUUUCAAGAGAAUUGUUGAAUGUACAAAUACUCAAUCUCGUAUGCUUGGUUCAUACUAUAGAGUUGGUCUCUAUGGAAAGAGAUUUGAAGAGAUGAAUGGUAAAGAAUUCAUCUAUAAAGAACCAAAGAUUACAAGAUUGGUCGAGAUUAAAGAUCGUUUGAAAUCACUUUAUUCAAAGAAACUCUCUGUACCAGAGGAUUCAAUUGUAAUCAUUGAAGGUUCAACUGUAGAUAUUUCAUCGAUUGAACAAGAUGCUGCCAAAUGUUAUCUUCAAAUUACCUCUGUUGUACCCUACUUUACUGAGGAGGAAUUGGUUGGUCGUAGAACUCCAUUCGAUAGAAUCGUUCAUUUGAAUCGAUUCAUUUUCGAAACUCCAUUCAUUGAAAGUGGUGCAGGUCGUGCAAAUUCAAUCGCUGAACAAUAUAAACGUAAAACCAUUCUAAAGACAUCAAACUAUUUCCCAUAUACAAAGAAACGUAUCUCUGUGAUUUCAAAACAAGAGGUUAUCUUGUCACCCAUUGAAAAUUCAAUUGAAACCAUUGAUCAACGAACUGAAACCAUUUCAAAUGAAGUUCGUUCAAAAGUACCAAAUCCAAAAACACUUCAACAAGUACUUCAAGGUACUCUAAGAUUACAAGUUAACAUUGGUCCACAGGAAAUUUGUAGAGUAUUUUUGGCAACUGACCCAACAAGUGGUGCCUAUAAUUAUCCAUUGGAACAAAUUAAAAAGUUAAAGAAAAGUUUAUCAUUAUUUUUGGGUAGUUGCUCUGAAGCAUUAUUCAUUAAUAAAGGUUUAGUUGAAAAUCAAUCCUCUCAAGAAUUCCAAGAAGAAAUGGAACAAGGUUAUAUUCAAUUAACUGAUUUAAUGGAGUCUUUAGGUGUUUUACCACCAGAAGGCUCCUAUUAUCCAACUUUAAAUUCAAAUUCUAAUGGCACUAGUAGUAAUAAUAAUCUUAGUAAUAGUAGUAUCUAUGGAAGUAGUAAUAAUUUUGGUGGUAGUGGUUCUCCAGUUAUUCAAUUAAAUUCCUCAAUGAUUAAUAAUACUGGUUCAAGUAGUGGUAACAAUACUCCAACAAAAUCUCAUAAUAGAAAUAGUUCAAAUCCAAAUAGAAAUUCAACUGGUAGUGGUAGUACAAUUUCAUUAGAGAAUGAUGAUGAUUCAAAUUUUAAUAAUUUAUUAUCAACUUCUCAUGUUAGUAGAAAAUCUUUUACUCAACGUCUUUCUAGUGGUUUUAAAUCUGACUAA